CUCGGAGCUCAGCAGUCAGGCCUCAAGCUCUCCGACUGUGGCAAAAGAAAAGGAGAAGUUAAGUGGUUAUCGCUGAAAUGGUUCAAUUAGGCGGGAAGAAAGUUGGCCAGAUGGUGUUGGGCUUCGGAGGCAGCGGCCUGGGCCAGGCUCUAGCUGCCGUGGCCGCAGCGCUUUUGCUCCGGCUCUUAUCCGGCCCAGGCCCAGCGCUCUCGCCGGAAACCGAGGCCAGCGACGAUGAUAAUGACGCAACAGACGACAAAGGCGACACUCCGAUUUCCGGGAAAUUGGUUCCGGUUACAAUCCGGUGGCGCAACAUCAACUGCUCUCUCUCUGACAAGUCCUCAACAUCAAUACGGUUUCUGCUUAAGAACGUUAGCGGGGAAGCGAAACCGGGGAGACUGUUAGCGAUUAUGGGGCCGUCAGGGUCAGGAAAGACGACGCUGCUAAAUGUACUUGCGGGUCAGCUAACUGCGUCACCUCGGUUACAUUUAUCAGGUCUAUUGGAGGUCAAUGGAACUUCUAGUCCUAACAAAGCCUAUAAGUUUGCUUAUGUGAGACAGGAGGACCUGUUUUUCUCGCAGCUGACGGUGCGAGAGACGUUGUCUCUUGCUGCCGAGCUGCAGCUUCCGGAGAUAUCUUCCGCAGAAGCGAGACUCGAGUAUGUGAACAGUCUGUUGUUCAAAUUGGGAUUGGUCAGUUGUGCUGAUACGAAUGUUGGUGAUGUGAAAGUCCGAGGAGUUAGUGGGGGUGAAAAGAAACGUUUGUCUCUGGCAUGCGAGCUGAUUGCAAGCCCCUCUGUUAUAUUUGCUGACGAACCCACUACUGGGCUUGAUGCUUUCCAGGCAGAGAAAGUAAUGGAAACCCUUCGACAGCUUGCACAGGAUGGACAUACUGUAAUUUGCUCCAUACAUCAGCCUAGAGGAUCUGUGUACAGUAAAUUUGAUGACAUCGUGUUGCUAACAGAGGGUGCACUUGUCUAUGCUGGUCCUGCACAUGAUGAACCACUUGCAUACUUUUCUAAAUUCGGGUACCAUUGCCCAGCUCAUGAGAACCCUGCUGAGUUUUUAGCCGAUCUUAUUUCUAUCGACUACAGUUCUGCUGAAAGUGUUUACUCUUCUCAGAAAAGAGUAGAUGCUCUUGUUGAGUCAUUUUCACAACAAUCAUCACUAGUUCUGUAUGCAACUCCGAUUACAAGAAGGGAAGUCUUUAACAACAGAACAAAGUUCAGCAAGAAAAGUAGAGUUCAGAAGAAGGGUGGUUGGUGGAUGCAAUUCCGGUUGCUCCUAAGGCGUGCAUGGAUGCAGGCUUCCCGUGACGGAUCAACAAAUAAAGUUCGGGCAAGAAUGUCAAUUGCAUCAGCUAUAAUAUUUGGAUCAGUUUUUUGGAGAAUGGGAAGAUCUCAGACAUCGAUACAAGACAGAAUGGGAUUGCUUCAGGUUGCUGCAAUAAACACGGCAAUGGCUGCUCUCACAAAGACAGUGGGUGUGUUCCCGAAGGAGCGUGCAAUAGUAAAUAGAGAGCAUGCAAAAGGGUCUUAUACAUUAGGACCCUAUCUUCUUUCUAAGUUGUUGGCUGAGAUUCCUGUUGGAGCAGCGUUUCCAUUAAUGUUUGGCGCCAUUUUGUACCCCAUGGCUCGUCUUCAUCCUGCUUUAUCCAGAUUCGUGAAGUUUUGUGGUAUUGUGACAGUGGAAUCUUUUGCUGCAUCUGCUAUGGGUCUUACUGUUGGUGCUAUGGUUCCAACCACUGAAGCAGCUAUGGCAGUCGGACCCUCACUUAUGACAGUUUUUAUUGUAUUUGGAGGCUAUUAUGUCAAUGCAGAGAAUACACCAAUUAUCUUUCGUUGGAUUCCUCAUAUUUCUCUAAUUAGAUGGGCUUUUCAAGGUCUUUGCAUCAAUGAGUUUAGGGGUCUUCAAUUUGAUCAUCAGCAUUCUUACGAUAUUCAAAAUGGAGAACAGGCACUUGAACGCAUCUCCUUUGGAGGAAGUCACAUUAGGGAUACAAUGAUUGCUCAAAGUAGAAUACUGUUGUUUUUGUAUUGCACCACUUACCUUCUCCUUCAGAAAAACAAACCGAAAUACCAGCAGCUGGAGGCCGGACCUCUUGACGAAAUCCAACCAGCGGUGCAGCUCGAGCCUUUAAAUACUGAACAAGAUGAACAAAACCAGCCAAAGGAACCACCUGUAACACUCAAUCAAGUUGAAUUAAACCAGCCACUUGAAUCAUCUCCCCCAAUUGACCAAGCCCCAGAGUUUGUCCUAGAAGGUGCUAAGUAAAGGAGAUAUGUUAAGCAAUAAAGAAGCCUCGUGCCUUUUUCUGACCAAAUGAGCCAUUUCUAUGCGACAUGACUUAAAAGUCUCAUGUAGAAUGUACGUUUAAUGGAUGUUAUGCUCUACCAGAGCGAAGAUGAUUUUCUUAUAUGGUUGGUUGGUCAUAGUACACAGGUCGGUCCAGUUUGCGAAGACUGCGCGAAGUUUAUUCUCAUAUAAACACUUUGAAUACUAAUAUGUUCAUAUUUACAGUUCUACUUUGAGUAUCCAUUGCUAAUCAAAUUUGAAAUCAUAAAUCUUUUUACAAAAA